AUGUAUUUCACUCGGUUUGUCGCUGUCGUAUCCCCAUUUACGCUGCUGACUUACACGGGCCGACAUGGCCUCACGUACGCCACAGCGACCGAGGAUGCGCCCACAGCAUGGCCGGUCCAGCAGUUCGUCAGCCGUCCGGACCUUCGACCACCGGUAUUUGAGUACAACAGGACCGGCGAGUCCGACCCUGGCUACAUCUUUGUGGCCCCCAUCGUCGACGGCCCCACGAGCGGCUACAUCAUGACCGAGGACGGGCACCUCAUAUACGCGACCCCGGCGUCUACAUACGCGCCGAGGAAUCUCAAGCCGUGGAAGCUCUGGGACAGAGACGUUCUCGUGUACAACGAGCUGCAGUACUGGAACGGCGACUUGGUAGUGUCCUACGGCAGUGUGGUGAUCAUGGAUGAUACGUACACGGUCAUGUACAACGUGACGCUACAGGACCGCGACCUAAACCCGCAGUUUCCAGGGGACUACACAUCAUAUAUGGAUACGUACAAAGCCUUGAUCACGGCCGACAAUACACUCAUUGUCGUCGCAGGCAACGCCACGCCGUGGGAUCUCAGCGCCGUGGGCGGGCCGCCAGACGGGUGGUUGCGCGACUCAGUUGUGUACGAGCUUGACAUCGAAACCAACGAGAUACUCUACCGGUGGCGCGCAUCCGACGAUGUUCCAAUCCGCUGGUCAAAGGCGCCACUCGGCGGCGAGUACGGCGACGGCACCAGUGCAGCCCAGGCGUGGGACGCGUUUCAUAUCAACAGCGUGGACAGCUUCGAGGCCGGCCUCAUGCUGUCGCUUCGCAACUGCUGGGCAGGUGUGUACGUCCGAAAUUCCACUGGCCGGAUAGCCUGGCACAUUGAAGGCUCAGGAGGUGGCAACUUCUCGCUGGACCCUCGCGGCGCGUUCUCGUGGCAGCACGAUAUGCGGCUCAAGACGGACGACACGACUGGCGGCGUCAUCCUGCAUAUGCACAACAACCAGAACUCGAAACGAGGCGUUCAGGAUAAGCCCACCAACGGACUCGUUCUCGACCUCGACCUCAAGAACAUGAGGGCCGCUACGCGGCAAACCCUCGAGAAUGCGGAACGCCCAGCGUAUGCAUGGAACUCUGGUUCCAUGACGUGGAGUCCCCACUCGCACGCCUUCCUCAGCUACGGCUCAGAAUCACGCAUGCAGGAAUUCGACCGAGACGGCAACUCCGUCUACGAGCUGCAAUACGGCGCCCCGGGCAUCGGGUUCAGCUACCGCGGGUACAAGACGCGCUGGCGCGGCUUCCCCGCUGAGAGCCCGACGGCCGUGGCGUGCCGCCAGGACGGCAACGUUUACGUCUUCAUGAGCUGGAAUGGGGCGACGGAGGUUGCGCGCUGGGACGUAUAUGCGUACGCGGUGGCGAACGGCGACGAGGCUGCUGGCUUUGUGGAGUUUCCCGUGGCGAGGGUUGCGAGGACGGGGUUUGAGACGAGGGCGGUUUUAAAGAGCAGUGCGGAGGCGGUCCAGGUUGAGGCGUCGGGGGGAGGGGAUGAUGGAAACACGAGGAGGUCUGAGGUGGUGAAGGUGCAGGCUGACUGCCGGGCGAGUGGCAUCGACGUCGAGCGAGCCGUAUCUUGA